AUGACAGUACCCGCUAGCGCCAAGAACCGUCGGACAAGUGACUCUGCUGGUCCAUCCUCGAAAAAGGCGCGUCUGGAAACGUCCAGUAGCGGUGGGGCUGGCCUCACUUUGCCAUCUGGUUCUCAACGUGCGAGCUAUCGUGAGGCGUACGAUACAUCUUCGCCUUACAAGUAUGCUGCCAUAGGAGGACUGAUCAGUGAAGACCUGCUCGAAUCGGUAGUAGAGGAAUCGCGAACCUACGGUAUCCGCGGCGAACCCGACUCGCUCCCCGGUUGGGGCUGGGAGGAGAAACAGACCGACAUCUACAGUAUCCAGCAGACGCCCGAUCUGUCUUCGCUCCACCCGGACCAUCUGCCCGAUACAACUCUGGAGCAGCUGCCGGCGUUGACGAAGCUGAAGGACGCGCUGUAUAGCGAGGAGUUUAGGGGGUUCGUCAGAGAGAUCACGGGAUGUGGACCUUUGAGCGGCCAGAAGACGGACGGCAGUGUGGGACUGUAUACCAAGGGGUCGCAUUUGCUGCUCCACGACGAUUCUAUUUCAACCCGGCUCGUUUCCUACAUUCUCUAUCUGCCCAACUCGUCACCUACAGCACCAGGUUCGUCGCACGUUCCCCUUGAGCCAUCGAAAUCUGGCGCUUUCGUCAAGGGCUGGGAUCCAGUCUGGGGCGGCGCGCUCGAGCUGUUCCCUGUGGAAAGUGGAGAGGAUGUUGGGCUACCAGGGGUGAAGAGUGUAAAGCGGGUGGACGUCAAGUGGGGACAGAUUGUCUUCUUCGAGGUCCAGCCGGGUCGGAGCUAUCAUGCCGUAGAAGAGGUGGUGAUUGGAGAUGGCAGACAACGCCUGGGUGUGAGCGGAUGGUUUCACCGGCCCAUAGAGGGCGAGGAGGGGUACAAGCCUCUUGAUACUACCAAAGCAGCCCAAGAUCUCAGCUCUUUAGCGCAAAUCGCUUCUGCCCCGACCAACCCCUUCACACCAUACGACACCGAGCCACCGGUCGGCCUCCGUCCCUCCGACAUUGCCACUCUCGCCCCCUUCCUUGCUCCCUCUUACCUCACCACCUCGACCCUCGAGAAGCUCAAUGGUCAAUUCGUUGCCGCGUCCGAGAUCGUCCUACACAAUUUCCUUCACCCUGACCUCGCCGCCCAGCUCAAAGCAGAGGUCUCCGCUCAGGACUCGGCCGAUUUGACGCCUGCCGGCCUGAUACCGCCGCAAGGUAUGGGCGAAGGUUCAGGAUGGACCAUCCAAGGCCCUGCGAGCAAACAGCGAUACCUCUCCCUCGACCCUUCCUCUUCUACUUCAUCCACACCUAUCCUCGCUCGACUGCAGAAGGAACUCUUCCCAUCCUCGGCGUUCCGAGCUUGGCUGGCGGUCGUCUCUGACCUCGCCCCCAUGUCUCGUCGGCUGGAAUGUCGGCGCUUCAGGAGGGGACUUGAUUAUACCCUCGCGGCCGGCGAAGAGAGAUCAGGGGAGGCCAAGCUGGAUGUGUGGCUAGGAGCGACGUGGUGGGCGGAUGUCAAGCCAGGGAGCGACGAGGAGGAGCAACUGCUGGAUGACGGUGGUUGGGAGUGCUAUCUCGGAAGUCCGGAGGAAGGGGAAGAUCCAGCCGUGUUCCAGAGCAAGCACGCUCGGAAGGCCGAGGGGGAUGAUGCCGAGGCGGACCCGGUCGAGCCGGAACUCGCAGCCUCCUCGGUCAAGCCUCCAACCACCGCUGCUCCUACGGCUCCCGAAAAGUCGGAGGCCAAAUCGGGACCGUCUAUCUCGAUGAACGGCCAGGAACUCGAAUUUGACCCCGAUCAAUUUUCGCCCUCCGACUUUGACACCGACAGUGACGCGGCGGACUCGGACGACGGGCCUCUUCUCACCCAUCCGGUCGGCUUCAACAAGCUCAUGAUCGUCCUGCGGGAUCCGGGGGUCAUGCGGUUCACGAAGUAUCUGAGCGCGGCGGCGAGGGGGAGUAGGUGGGACGUGGGCGGGGAAUGGGAAGUGGGGGCCAUUGAGGAGGAAGAUGGGGAUGAUGAGGAUGGAGAUGCCGAGGAAAGGCAGUGA